GAGUCUCGGCGUGCAAACUAGGACAUACAAGAAAAGUCGAGACAACACGAACGCUGACUAACAACUGACAAGGCGCACAGCGUCGGAAAAGAAGGCUCGGCAGCAUUUGUUAACGACGCAGGUUUUGAGUGCCUAGUCAAGCAGAACACGCGCUCCAGAUUCGCCCGCUCGGACGCGCCGGUGUAACCCGGCAGGAAGCGUAACCCCGACAAUAAGCAUCGACACAGCGACGACGAGUGCGAGCGGCGAAGCUGUCAUACACGGCUUGGCCGACAUUGUGAAGAUGCAGGACUUCUGCCGAAGGUCGCCCUCUCGGUGCUUUAGAAGUCUGGACAGGCAGCCACGCCCCCGAAGGGUUUUCUCGAAUCUUCUUCCUGGAAACCGGAGGCCACGGUGCACUCAACGCGCGCGUCGCCUGCGCAGUUGAGUCGGCAGCCAAGCUGCACCCUCACUGGACAGUCCACCUCCUAUCCGCGGCCGGCGGCGACGUGUCGCACGCAAACGUCACCUUGUCGGGACCUUUCGCUCGCAUGAUCAGGUCCAUUCCUAACGUCGUGGCGAGCGUCAUUAGGCCACAGGAGGUGUUCCAGGGUACACCGCUUGGGUCGUGGUACGAGUCUGGCAUCCUGAACAAGAGCGCCUUCCCCGUCGAGCACCUUGCCGACGCUCUGAGGCUGGCAUUGUUGUACAAGCAAGGGGGCGUCUACCUCGACAUCGACGUCAUCGUGAUGCGAUCCUUCGACUCUCUGCCACCUUGCGUCUGCCAGUCGCCAGUGGACCACGGUGACAUGGUGAGCAACGGUUUUCUGGCCUUUCGCCGUGGCGACCCCUUUCUGCUACAUCUGAUGCAAAGAGCACGACAAGUGUACAAGCCGAAAGAGUGGAGCUCCAUCGGACCCAGGCUGCUGCGUCAGGUGACGCUGGACCGGUGCGGCGGCCGUCAGGUGAACGAGCUGCUCGGACGCAGGUGUGGCGGCGACACGGGCUUCACGGUGUUGCCCCACUGGAUUUUCCUACCGGUGCCUUACGACCGUUGGGAGUCGUUCUUCGUCGCCAACACCAGUCGCGAGGCGUGGCUCAUGUCCUCCGCGAGUUACGUCAUGCACGUCUACAACAAAAUGAGCUCGAAGGCGCCCACCGUGCCUGGCUGCGCGUACAGGCAAGCGGCCGAAACCUACUGCCCGGAUAGUUUACGCAUGUCCUUGGAAAUGCUGGGUACUUUCUGACAUACGGGAGCUGGACUUCCCGAAUGCCCACUUCCCGGAUGCCCACUUCCCGGAUGAUCAGUUACCGGAUGUCCACUUCCCGAACAUCCGGGAAACAGACCGCCAACGCUGCGCGCCCAGGCUUCGCCAAGACUCAGUGCUCAAACGAUGUCCUCCGAGAUUGCGAGCAUAAGUUCGCCACCAUUAGUCUAGGGGCCAACGUUCAAAAAGCCUGCAACGGUCACAGGACAUGCACAGCGCUUUCGACGGAACGAUUGCCAGCGUAGUGACUUUCGUGUGUUCGUGUAUUCGCAGUGCGAACUUCGUCGACGACGUGCGGAUACUUCGAAUGCGUGAAACAAACUUAAGCACCCCUGGAAGACGUGUGAAACUUA